CUCGGCCAUUUUUUCAAAAACAAUGUUUUGUUUUUGAAAAAAUGGCCGAGGAGUUCCGAAUGUUUCUUGACUGGAGUCCAUCUUACAGAAUCAUAAGAUAAGAUAUGCCGCUUGUCUGUUUACAGGAAAGAAGGUCACCAAGUCAUACUGACGAUGACGAUAAUGGUGAGGAUGACGUCAGUGUGGAGUUGGAGUUUAGCGCCUGGCAGGCACUUCCAGAUUCAAUUCUCCUUCACAUAUUUUCAUUCCUUGACAUACCAACACUUGCUGCUGUUGCUGUAGUUUGCAAAUCCUGGUGUAGAGUGUCCUACGAUGAGACUUUAUGGCGUGCCAAGCUGCAUUUGGAGCUUGGCUCUUCAUCUCAGCCACUGCGCCCAGGAAAAACAUCAUGGAAGGAAGAGGUGAAGCGGGUCAAAUACCAUGCCCCCCUUGUGUGGACAGAGACCCUCACCGAACAUAACGAUGAGGUCCUGCAUGUCACAUUCUCUCAUGAUGGCAAAAUGUUCAGCACAACUUCAAAAGAUGCUUCUUUAAAGGUGUGGGAGAUGGGUUACCCGACGUCCUUGAAAUACAGCAGGAACUUUGCUGAGCAGCUAGGCUGGGAUUUCACACAGUUCUCUGCUUUCAAUGAAUCGGACACAUUGGUUCUUGUUUCCAGUGUGAAAACUGUUAGCAUUAUGGACCGGCGCGGGUACAUGGCUGUUCUCUCCCUUAUUGAUGACUUUGCGAUCCUGCAGGUAGUGACAAUGGACCCGUCACAACUGUUUGGAGCAUGGAUGGAUGACAGCACGUUCCUGGGCGGCUCACUCCAGAUAAGCCUCGACAGGUUCGCCACCACUGUACAGAUAGAAGCUCAUAAGGUAAAGGACACCCGGGGUUCUGGUAGCGAGUGGGAGGGGACUCCAGAUGACUCAUCUGGCAUCCCACUGUUCAACUUCAGUAGUGAGACAGCCUCAUUAAUCAAGUUCCUGACUGUGUCCACUGUUGUUCCCUCACUGAACCAGUCUGAGGGAGCUGACAUUGAAACCACUCACGAGAGUGAGCCUAUGGUGUAUGACACAGACAGUAGUCCCCUCAUUUGCCUCACACAAAAAGAGGUUGAGGACACUGAUGGGGACUCUAUGAGUAGGAAAAACACUUCAAUGUAUUCCAGCUACAAAAAACAGUGCCAUCAUUUAAAACAAGCUAGUGCUUCAUUAGAUCGUGAAAAUGUGAAUCUCAAAUGCAAACAUGACAAAGAACAACUACAUUGUGAUUUGUGUAAGAAACAUGAUGCAGAUAGCAAUAUGGACAUAGAACAAGAAGGUUUGGACAAAAAUGUAUCAAGUGGUGCAGGUUUAAGUGAUUGCAGAAAACAUAAAGUCAAAUAUUGCUCAAUUUGUGAUAAUGCAAGUAAAGAAAAAUUAAAAAACCUAAUAUAUGUGACUGGGGAGUUUGCUGUAGCUUUGCACCAGCUGGGUUUUAAAAACAUUUCCCCACUCCAUGGUGGAGGGUCCAGCUCUUCCUCCCAGCCUUUUGGGGAGGAUGGAGAGCUGGGGGAGGACAGGGCUGGUUACGAUAUGGUGGUCAACUACAGCAACAAUGAUGUCCAUUGGCUGGAGCAGCCCCACCCCGCAGACACACCUGACCACCUCAUAGAUCUGCAUGGUCAUGUUACUGGCCUUUGUCUUUCUGCUGAUCAUAGAUACCUGUUCAUCAACUGCCGGCCAUGGGUGGGGACUGUUGACCUAGCUGAUCCCUGGUUGACCCCUGAACUUUCCCCUAACAUUGAGGUGCGCAUCAUUGAUCUUGUGAGUCUGCUGGACCUUGGGGUGUUUUACAGAGGUCACCAGGGGUUCUCACCCUCCAAUAUGUGCUGUUUUGUCUUCCUCGAUGUCAGUAAAGAUUUUGUGUCAAGCGGGAGUGAGGAUGCAAUGGGUUAUGUAUGGGACCGUCACUACCAUAGCCUGCUUGGUACCCUGCCCCACACUGAUGGUGUGGUCAACGCCACCGCCUUCAGUCCUAUCAAUCAGGAAUACCUGGUUACCGCUAGCGAUGACCACACCCUCAAGGUCUGGAGGUCACGGGCAGAGGUCAGGAGACUGGGAAUACAAGUACCAGAAGAAAUACAUCGUAGGGAUAACACAGAGUUAGAUAAAGUCACUAAUAAAUCACCAGAAAAUAGAAACAUACCAUUGGAAGUUAAUGUUGUGCCAACACCAGUACCAUAGGCAUAGUUGACAUUGUUGUUAAUUGUUUCAUGUUUGUAACAAUGUUGUAUUGUUGGGUGUAUAUUUGGCUAGAAGUUCUUUUUCAAAAUUCAAUCCAGAUCUGAUGAUAUGAUGAUAAUGUUUAUUUAGGUUGAAUAAAGAACAUAAUUCAUAUGCAUGCUUUUAUUACUUUGAAGAUCUUUGGUUUAGAUUAAGUCAUAAUUGUGUUUCAUUUGAAAGAGGCGGUUUGUUUGGGGUUUUUUUGUUCAUGUAGCCACUGCUGAUAAGGCGAGCUAUAGGUUAUUACUUUUGGUGUUUGUGGCUGCGUUGAUUUGAGCAAAGCCUUGUGCAGAUAAUCCAAUAACAAGAAUAUUUAUUAUACAAUCAUGAUGAAAUGGGAAAAAGUGUUUGUUGGCUGUGAAAAUCUAGUUAUGCACACUUCAUGUUAAAGCAUAGUAGCUUUAUGUCCCGUGCAAACAAUAACUUGCAUAUUUGUUAUCCAAUAAUGAUUAAGUUAGUGACAGUGUUUGAACGCAAAAGGUCUUGGCCAAAUUUUAUUGUGUGAUAAAUUGCCUUAAUUUCCUUCAAAAUUUUGCUCCUUUUUUACUUUUCUUCAUUAUGAUUGAUUUGACUAUGAUGGGCAUUGCAAACAGGUGACUCAUCCAUUUCUGUGGAUUUUUAGUUACCCAAUAAUUUUUAUUUUUUUUAAGUUUGAUGCUUGUACAUGUUAUUUGAUUGUUAUACUGUGUUAUGUAUUUUGCCAAAAUGAAAGGCUCCUGUGAUUUCGUAUUAUUUAAGGAUAUGUUCCAUUUUGGUGUAAUAAAAAAAUUGUUAUGGUUUUGAAAUAAACAUUCAAUUUAUAA